GUUAUUUUGGGGGGCAUUUCGACGACUUGUUAAGCCCAAGUAUAUAUAUCUCGUGUAAUAAAGUCCGACGAAGAAAACCAUGGUUAAAAACCCUACUUUGCUCCUCUCCCUCUCUCUAGGGUUCACCGGCACCGACUGCCGACUGCCGACUGCCGACUGCCGACGUCGACUCCUUUGAGGUACGAUAGAUGAGCCGGGCCGAUUUCCCUGGUCGUCGAAUGGAGGGCCCUCCGCCGUGGCCGGUUCGUCGGCCGCCGUACAAACCGAAUAGGCCUCGCCCACCCUUCGCUGUCGUUCUCUAUUACUCGACUCCCGGUGUACGCAAGGCCAUGUCUUUCUCCGACAUCGAAGAGCUCAUCUCCUCCAUUCCCUCCCGCUCAGCCUUUUACCGCAUCUGCUCCUCAGGCCUUGCCGUCGGGCGUCUCUUCUACAACAUCUACGCCGACGCCCUUGACGCCACUCUCUUCUUAUGGAGCCAGCGCCUCGAUGGCGCCCACCUCCUCACCCCUCUCAUUGAAGUCGAUUUCAACGCUCCGUCCUAUGAUAAAUCCGAAGAGGAGGUUCUAUUGAAGGCUCUAUUUUGCAGUCACAUUAGAGAACUUCUUUGUCAUAGAAGGGUGCGAUUUUCUGAGCAGAAGAUCGAGGAGCUCUCAAUGAAGUUGGAUAAUGGUUCAGUGCUGCGGAAAAAGCCUACUAAGCCUCGGGUGUUUAAUGAACUGAGGGAGGAGAAGAAUAGGCUCCUGAGCGAGAGAAAGCAGCUGAGGGAUCAGCUACGGGAGUUCCGGGCUGCCAUGGGCUGUCUUCUUGCUAAACUUGGGGAGCAACUAGACCACAUUCACCCUGAUUUGCAUGAAGAGACUAACUGUCGGGAUGGACAAGAGGAAAUUUUUUGUCUUGGAGAUAAGUUAGAUUGGAACCAAAUUCAUGGACUGAUGAUGAGGGAGUGCCGACGGUUAGAGGAUGGAUUACCUAUCUAUGGAUGCAGAAGGGAAAUUCUUUCCCAUAUUUUUUCCAAUCAGGUCGUAGUCUUGAUUGGAGAGACCGGCUCAGGAAAGAGUACUCAAUUGGCACAGUUUCUUGCUGAUUCAGGAUUUGCUGCUCAGAAAGCUGUUGUGUGCACGCAGCCUCGCAAAAUUGCUGUAAACUCAUUGGCACAAAGGGUUGGAGAGGAAGCCAAUGGGUGUUAUCCUAACAAUUUUGUGCUUUCUUAUCCCAGUUAUGUACCCUUUCAAGAAUUUAAAUCAGGCAUAAUAUUUAUGACAGACCACUAUCUCCUUCAGCACUUUAUGAAUGAUACAAGUUGGGAUGGCAUUUCAUGCAUUAUUAUAGAUGAAGCUCAUGAAAGAAAUUUGAACACUGAUCUUCUUCUGGCAUUGAUUAAAAAGGAGCUGCUUAAGAGGCCACAAUUGCAGCUUAUAAUAAUGUCUGCAACAGCUGAUGCAACCAAAUUCUCAGAUUAUUUUUGUGGUUGCAGCACCUAUUAUAUCAUGGGAAGAAAUUUUCCUGUGGCAAUCAAAUAUGUAGCUGAUGUAUCUGCUAGCCCUUAUGGUUCUACUAAUAUAAAGGCCCCUUCUGGAAAAUGUGCUUCAUAUGUCUUGGAUGUCUUAAAAAUGGUAAGUUAUAUUCACAAGACAGAAGAAGAUGGUGCUAUCCUAGCAUUUUUGACUUCUCAGAUUGAAGUAGAAUGGGCUUGUGAAACCUUUACUGAUCCUACUGCUUUGGUAAUGCCUAUGCAUGGAAAACUUUCUGUUGAAGAGCAAAGAAAAGUUUUUCAGGAUUAUCCCGGCAAGAGAAAAGUUAUUUUCUGCACGAAUAUUGCUGAGACAUCUCUUACUAUUAAAGGUGUUAAGUACGUUGUUGAUUCUGGAAUGGUUAAAGAGAGCAGGUUUGAACCUAGCACUGGGACUAAUGUGCUUAAGGUCAGUACAGUCAGCCAAAGUUCUGCUAAUCAACGAGCUGGCCGAGCAGGUCGAACAGAACCUGGCAAGUGUUACAGACUCUAUUCAGAGUCUGAUUUUCAUUCAAUGAAAAUGCACCAGGAACCUGAAAUCCGGAAAGUCCACCUUGGUAUUGCUGUUUUGCGAAUCCUUGCUUUGGGUAUUAAGAAUGUUGAUGACUUUGAGUUUGUUGAUGCUCCGUGCCCUAGGGCAGUUGAAAUAGCAAUUCAGAACCUAAUACAUUUAGGUGCUAUCACACGAAAAGGUGAGGUCUUUGACAUUACAGAGAUGGGUCAAAAUUUGGUGAAAUUAGGCAUUGAACCACGACUGGGAAAAAUAAUUCUUGAUUGCUUUGACUGUGGUUUGAGGAAAGAGGGUGUUGUCCUUGCGGCUGUAAUGGCUAAUGCUAGCAGCAUAUUUUGUAGGGUUGGAACUGAAGAGGACAAGCAUAAAGCUGAUUGUCUUAGGGUUCGGUUCUGCCAUCAUGAUGGAGACCUGUUCACUCUUCUCUCAGUUUAUAGAACAUGGGAGGCUGAACGAGAAAGUAGCAACUGGUGUUGGAAAAAUAGCAUCAAUGCAAAGUCAAUGAGGAGAUGUAAGGAAGCUAUAUCAGAAUUGGAAAGUUGUCUCCGACAUGAACUCAAUAUUAUCAUUCCUAGUUAUUGGCUGUGGAAUCCUGAUAAACCUAAUACCUAUGAUAAAUUGCUGAAGAAAGUCAUUCUUUCUUCCCUUUCAGAGAAUGUUGCAAUGUUCUCUGGACGUGAUCAACUUGGUUAUGAAGUGGCUAUUACUGGUCAGUGCAUUGAACUUCAUCCAUCAAGCUCUUUGCUAGCAUAUGGGAGAAAGCCCGAUUGGGUGGUAUUUGGGGAGAUAUUGUCAUUAUCUAAUGAUUACUUAGUUUGUGUAACUGCUGUGGACCUUGGUGAUCUACUCAUGAUUCAGCCUCCUCUUUUUGAUGUGUACCAGCUUGAAAGUCGUAGGAUGCAGAUGAAUGUGAUUACUGGAGUUAGCAAUAACAUUCUUCGAAGAUUUUGUGGAAGGCUAAACCAAAACUUACAGAGGGUGGUUUCACAUCUUCAAAAUGUUUGUUCAGACAACCGUAUCAGCGUCGAUGUUGAUUUUGUUAAAAAUGAGGUUUAUAUAUAUGCCUCAAAAAAAGAUAUGGAGGAGGUGUCUGUUUUUGUUAAGGAUGCCAUGGGGUAUGAAACAAGACUCAUAAAAAAUGAGUGCAUUGAGAAAUGUUUAUUUCCAGGCCGGUCAGAUAGUUCCUCUUUGGCUCUCUUUGGCUCUGGUGCUGAAAUUAAGCAUCUAGAGCUAGAAAGCCGAUUUUUAUCAGUGGAAAUACUACAUCCAAAUUCACUUGCUCUAGAUGAUAAGGAACUUCUAAUGAUGGUUGAGAAUUGUGGCUGUAGAAUAGCUAACUACCAUAAGUAUGUGGGAACUGGACAAGAUGGAGUAGAUGGAACUAAGUGGGGAAGGAUAACAUUCCUUUCUCCUGACAUGGCUGAAUAUGCAAUUAACAAGCUAAAUAUGCUAGAGUUUGGUGGGUCUUUCCUAAAAGCCCUGUCGAUUAGGACAGCUGAUCAGAAGAUCAUACCUUUUUCUGCAGUUAGAGUAAAGGUUUGUUGGCCAAGGAAGCCCAGUAGGGGAAUUGCACUUGUUACAUGUGCACCUGGAGAAGCAGAAUAUGUUAUUGAGGACUGCUUUUCUUUAGCAAUUGGAGGCAGAUACAUUGAUCUUCAGGUCAGUGAAAAAUACCAAAACUGUGUGUUUGUUAGAGGAAUUCCCAAAGAUGUAUCAGAAGCGGAACUUUAUGAUGCUUUUCUAAGUCUGACAAAGAGGAAAAUCUUCAACAUUCGCCUUUGUAGAACAGAAGUAAUUACUGACCUGCCAAAUUCCACCUUUGAAGAAGCACUUAUCAAGGAGAUUUCUCCUUUUAUGCCUAAAAAGCAUUUCUCUGACAAUAGUUUCCGUGUCGAAAUCUUCAGACCUGCACCCCAGGAUCCAAUCACAAGAGCUAUGAUUACAUUUGAUGGAAGUCUGCAUCUUGAGGCUGCUAAAGCUUUGGAACACAUCGAAGGGAAAGUGCUACCCGGUUGUCUCUCGUGGCAGAAGAUUCAAUGUCAACAUGUAUUUCGUAGUUCUUUGUGUUUCCCUUCACAUAUUUAUGCUGUUAUCCGGAAAAAUCUGGAUUCACUACUGGAAAGUUUCAGGUGUCGCAAAGGUGUAUCAUAUAACCUAGAGAAGAAUGAUAAUGGUUCUUAUCGUAUAAAGAUAUCUGCGAAUGCCACAAAAACCAUUGCAGAUUUGAGGAGACCUCUGGAGCAGUUGAUAAGAGGCAAAAUAAUUUCACACCCAAGCCUCAACCCGGCAGUCCUACAAGUUGUCUGGUCUCGUGAUGGCAUGGCAUGCAUAAAAUCUCUCGAGCGGGAAAUGGGAAUUCAUAUUUUGUGUGACCGGCGUAGCUUAAACAUCAGAGUUUUUGGUCCACCAAGGCAAGUAUCUGCUGCCGAGCAUAAGUUGGUUAGUAUGUUACUUGAUCUCCAUGGGAACCAGCAACUUGAGAUCCAUCUUCAUGGGCGUAAGCUCCCACCAAACUUGAUGAAAGAGGUGGUUCACAGGUUUGGAACAGAUCUGCAAGGGCUGAAGGACAAUAUGCCUGAGGUUGUGUUAACUCUCAAUACCCGACGCCAUAUCCUCUCUGUACGUGGAACCAAGGACCAAAAGCAGAGGGUUCAGGACUUGAUCACUGAGUUGGCAUUAGCUAUUGAUCAAAAUGGGGUAAGUGAGAGGUCAUUGGAAUCUUCAUGCCCCAUAUGCUUGUGUGAGCUGGAGGAUCCUUACAAACUUGAAGCUUGUGGUCACACUUUCUGUCGAUCUUGUUUGUUGGAUCAAUGCGAAACUACCAUGAGAUCACGUGAUGGUUUCCCGCUUUGCUGCAUCAAAGAGGGGUGCAAGGAGCUAAUCCUGCUGAUAGACCUCAAAUCUUUAUUAUCAUCAGAGAAGCUGGAGGAGCUAUUCAAAGCAUCUUUGAGUGCGUUUGUGAUAUCCAGUGAUGGUGCUUAUCGCUUCUGUCCGACGCCUGACUGCCCUGGAGUGUAUCGUGUUGCCCUUCCGGAUGAUGAGGUUGGGCCUUUCGUCUGUGGGGCUUGCACUGCUGAGACAUGCAGGAAGUGCAAUCUCGAGUACCAUCCUUUCAUUUCCUGCGACAUAUACAUGGAAUACAAGGACGACCCAGACUUCUCGCUGGCUGAAUGGGUCAAGGAAAAAGAAAAUGUAAGCAACUGCCCGGGCUGUGGGUGGACAAUUGAGAAGACUGAUGGCUGCAACCACGUUGAGUGUAGGUGUGGAAGGCACAUUUGCUGGGUGUGCUUGGAUUACUUCAAAAGCAGUGAUCAGUGCUAUUCACACCUCAGAUCUAUUCAUCAAACCUACUGAUUUGAUCCUGGUAGCAAGUGUAGAUAUGUAAAUAUUACAUAUCCCCUAUAUGUGUGUACAUAGCCUCCAAGACACUACUCUGUAGCUUACUCAAAUUUCAGAGAUUUUUAUUUUAAUAA